UGGAGCCCGAGCGCUCCCGGGGCGGGGUUCGAGAGCCGGGCGGCGCCUGGCCCGCCCUUGUAGCGCCUGGGUUGGCUUCCUGAGGCGCCAGCUUCGACGGACCCCGUGAGAGGGGCUCCCCGGGGACUUGAUUCAACGCUUUAGAAAUGAAGGGGGAAUCUCACUUGCUGGAAAUUAAAGUGCUAAUUCAAGAGCUGGUGAAGAAAGAUACCUCAUCAAAUGUACCUGAGAUCAUUGACAAACUGUUCAGUGAGAUAGAAUGUGUGGAUAACGAGGCUGGGAAUGAGAUUCAGGAGGCUCAGAUUGAAGAAAGUGCAAUAAGCCUAUGGAAUUGGGCUGUGACUAACCGAGUAGAUUCAGUCAUCAGUGAUGAGCAAAGAGCUAAAUUGCGCCAUGUUUCUUGCAGGCUAGUGUGCCUGUGUGAAGGCAGCGAUCCUCCAGAGGAGAAAGUACGAAGACAGAUUUUGAUGACCAUGAAGACUGGAAAAGGGUGGGUGGAUGUUGGAAAAGCCGCCCUUGCUGAUGGAUUUCUUGUGAUUGCCAUAAAUAGUCUAGAAAAACUAUAUGCCCAAUUAAUGAAGAGGAGCAGUGGUGAGGCAGAUAUCCAGGUGCACAAAGCUGAUGUAGAGAAGGACCUAUUCAAAGUGCUGUCUUACCAGGCUGAAUCAGCAGUUGUUCAAGGGUAUUUUCAAAAAGCAGUGACAUGUUUGCAACGCUGCAAAGAUAUGUUGACAAGGCUGCCAAAACAGACCUGUUAUCUGUCAAUCCUCUGCUAUAACUUUGGAGUGGAAACCUAUGAACAGAAAGGGUAUGAACAGAGCUCCUUCUGGCUCAGCCAGAGUUAUGAGAUUGGGAAAAUGGAUAAGAAGUAUUCUCCCGGGGAAGAAAUGCAGGCUAAAGUGCUGCGGUUAUUAGCCACUGUCUAUUUGGAGUGGGAUUGCGAACAGUAUCAAGACAAGGCUCUCAGAGCUAUAAGCCUGGCUAACGAGGAGAAUAUGCAUCCAGCUGGGUUUUUCUUGAAAAUUAAAAUCCUUCUGAAAAGUGCAGCAUCUGAUGAAGGCAUCAGGACAGCUGUUGCUGAACUUCUGCAUCAUGAGGUGUCACUAGAUUUCUGUUUGAACACUGCUAAGCUGCUUCUGGAACAUGAAAGGGAAUUGGUUGGUUUUGAUUUUCUGAAGUCCAUCUCUGGGCGGUUUGCGUCCUCACCUGACCUCGGAAAAAUCAUCUUACUCCACAUCGAGUUUCUGUUACGGAGGAUGAAGGAGCCACUUGCCAAGCAAAAAAUUGAAGAUGUCAUUACAGGUCACUAUACAGGAAAACAGCUGUCACCUGAAACACUGAACCGGCUGCACAUCAUUCUGUGGGACAGAGCUGCCAAGAGCUAUGAGGCAAAAAACUACUCUGAAGCCCUUCAGUGGUAUAACUAUUCUCUCAGCUUCUAUUCAUCUGGGCAGAUAGAUCAGAACUUGGCUAAGUUGCAGAGGAAUAUGGCUUCCUGCUACUUUCAUCUGAAACAACUUGAAAAAUUUUCCAGAUCUGGUACUUGCCUGAAGGUGAAACUUGGAGAAAAAAACAUUCAACUAUUUGCAAAAGAGGCAGUGAAGGAAGCAGAGAGGUGUGAUCCCAGCAGCAUCUUCACUCAGUUCAGUGUGUAUAAGGUUGCGGUCUUGGAGGGUAACACUGAAAAAGCUGUGGAAGCAAUUGUUGCAAUGGGGAAGUUAGCAGCAAAGCCAGCUCAGCAUGAAGAUAAGCUACUAGCAGAUGGAAGUGCAGCCACCAGCCUUCUGAGUUUAGCUGCCCAGAUUGCUUUAGAGAAUGAACAACAGGCUGUGGCUAUCAAAGCUUUGGAGUAUUUAUCUCAGCACUCACAAGAUUGUCAACAAGUGUUUACAGCUUUAAAGUGUUUGGUUCGCCUUGUGUUGUCAAAAGUCACAACAGAACCCAAAGAGAAUAGGACUAAAGAUAUGGAAACACUCCUGACUUACUUGACCUCAGCACAUCGGAGACUUGCUGAGUCUUUUACAGAAGGGAGUAUGACACUGGAUAUGAGGACCCAUGAGGCUCACUGGUUUAGAAAAAUCGCUUGGAACUUGGCUGUACAGUUCGAGAACUGCCCAGGAACAAUGAGGGAUUUCUUUGUACUGUCGUUCAAGUUGUCCCAGUUUUGUCCUUCUGAUAAAGCUGUUCUGAUUGCCCAGAAGACAUGCUUGCUGUUGGCUGCAGCAGUUGAUCUGGAAAUGGGGCGAUGCAGUUUAACACUCACUGAACAGAUUGAGCUUCUGUCUCAGGCCCUUCAUCACAUCCAGGCAUGCAGGGAAAUCUGGAAUGUUCUGAAGCUAACAGGAGAUUUCUCCAAAGACCCAACAGACACAUUGCUGCUGCUUUAUGAAUUUGAAGCAAGAGCCAAACUCAAUGAUCCAGAACUGGACAGCCUGUUGGAAUUGGUGUGGGAACUGCCACAAAUAGAGACUAAGAUGCUGGAAACCAUUGCUUCAUUAGCGAUGGAGUCUCCUGCUCAUUAUCCCUCUGUGUGUAAGAGGGCCCUCAAGAGCGCUCUGACCCUUCAUAGGAAACAGGAAUCCAUUGAUGCUGUGAGAGUCAGCAAAUGUCUGCACAGCUUGGUUCACCUUUCUCUGCCAACUGGAGUGAUAGACACAGAUGCUUGUGUACUGGAGGAGGUGUGGGGCUACUUUGAAGAUGCUCUGAGCAUUGUAGGCACCACAGAUGAUUACCCAGAGGUGGAGACCCUUUGGCUGAUGACCAGAGCCUGGAAUACAGGAAUACUUCAGUACAGUGUUGGUAAAUACAAGGAGGCUGAGCAGUGGUGUGGGCUGGGUAUGCGCUUUCUGAAUCACCUGAGAUCCCUGAAGAGCAGCUAUGAAAGCCAGAUGAUUGGUCUUUAUGGCGAGGUGCUGGAUAAGUUGGACAGAGCAAAGGGGUUCCUUCCAAAUGAAGAAUAACACUCAGUGCAGCAAGCCAGGGUGAUGGCACCCCCUGUAAACAUUCAGCUGGAUAGAAGAGACUGCUAGCUUUUCAGCGAGUGCUGGGACCAGCAGCCAGGGCCUGCUCCUCUUGGCCAUUUGAAAGCUAUGUACUUUUAAGGAAGUUUUUAUUGAAGAGCUCUAACUGUUUUCCUUCAGGGACUUGUAUUCAUGCUAGAGAGCUAUUUAAUGGUAAGAAGCUGAGUCAUAACUUUAUGAGAUGGGGCUGCUGUUGUACAGCCAGGCUAGUUUAAAUGUAGGAAGUAGCAAUGUGAACAAUAAAAGUGUUCCAGCACCA